UCCCAUUCAACGAUCAUCGAUUCAUGGAAAUUUCAACAAUCAUGGAAAAAAAGAAAAUGCAAUCAAGAUUCAAAUACUAUUCAAUGUUGUGAUUUUGAUGAUUGUCGAUUUCGAACGGCUAAUAAAGAUGAAAUGUUGAUUCAUAAAAAAAUUAACCACUUUCAAAUAUGUAAACGUUUUAACGAUGGAUUUCUAAUGGAUUCACCUGAAGAGAUAUCAAAAUGGCGAGCUGAACGUCGAUCUAAAUUUCCACGUUUAUCGAACAUUAUCAAUAAUGAUGAUGGCGAUGGUGAUGAUCAUGGCCAGAAAAGUAGCCAUCCGUAUCGAAUACAUAAUCAAAAUUAUCGUAGUAAUAAUUUUCGUGAUCGUCGAAAAUUUCAACGCCAUUCAUUUUCAUCUUUACAAAAAAAUCAUUCGAAAAAUCGUCCUCACAAUCAAAUUCAACGUAAUCCAUCGAAAAAUGAACGCAAAAACCACAUACCAUCUACACUUUCAAAAAUCUCAUUGCCUACAUCUGAACCUUGUUCAUCAUCAUCAUCAUCACUAAAUCUACUUUCCGGUUAUGCUAGUAGUAGUAGUAGUGAACAUUCGGAUUCUGAUGAAUUGAAACAAAAUGAACAUCAUACGCUAAUAUCAUCAAUGCAAAAUAAAAACAAAAAUCAAAAUGGCAAUAAAACUAUUUCAAAUAAUAAUAAAAAACGUACACCAAAAUUAUAUCGGCAAUCAAUAUUACAAUAUUCAAAUUUAAAUCUAUUUCAAAAAUUAAUGCUACAAGAUGUACGAAAAGUAAAAUCUGAAUUAUUACAAACAUUGAAAUUAUUGGUGGAUACAAAUUUCCUUGAAACAAAAUAAUAACUUUUUUUAAUUAAAUUAUU